AUGGAUCUUGUUCGAGACACAGCAUUUGGACAUAUCGUAAGAUUCGCAACAAGAGGCAAGGCUUUCAAAUAUUACGAGGAACGCAACCCGGACGUCUGGCGGAGAUAUGUCAACGAAGACAAGACGGUGAAUGCUGCUCGACACGGUCAGGUUGAACCGCCCGAGAAAGACGAGAACGAAGGCGACCGACGAAAUGACGACAACCCGGAAAAUAGGGGGAACAACUCUCAAGAUACAUCAAGGACAAGGGUUCCUGAACAAAACCGAGAGUACAAUGAUUUAACAAGUACCACGGUUGAUCCUGAGAAGGGAAAGAAUGUUCACCUGGUCGAUUUCCUCCCCAACGACCCGGAGAACCCCCAAAACUGGUCGCUGUUCAAGAAGGUAUUCAUUACAUCCCAAAUAUGUCUUCUGACCAUCGGUGUCUACAUCGGCUCGGCCAUCUACACUGCUGGUCUAAUGGACGUUAUGCAAGUUUUUGGAGUCAGCCAGGUUGCAGCCGUUCUUGGCCUCACACUAUUCGUUGCUGGAUACGGUCUGGGUCCGAUGCUUUGGAGUCCUCUCUCAGAGGUUCCUCAGAUUGGUCGUAACCCCAUCUACAUCGGAACUCUAUUCCUCUUCGUCGUUCUUCAAGUACCAACUGCCCUGUCGGUCAACUUUGGAAUGCUGCUCGCAUUCAGAUUCAUUACUGGCUUUGUGGGCUCUCCCGUCUUGGCAACGGGAGGUGCUACCUUGGCCGACAUAUGGUCACCGAAAAAGCGCGCCUAUGCGCUCGGCGUAUGGGGAAUCGCGGCAGUUUGUGGCCCUACCAUGGGACCCUUGGUCGGUGGCUUUGCAGUCAUGUCCAAGGGAUGGACCUGGACGAUCUGGGAACUGAUGUGGCUCAGCGGCUUUGCACUGGUCCUGCUGUUCUUCUUCCUGCCCGAGACAAGUGCCAGCAACAUUCUUUACCGCCGCACACGUCGUCUCCGAAAGAUUACUGGGAAUGAAAAGCUCAUGUGCGAGCCCGAGCUCAAAGCGCAGUCGAUGUCAAGCAAAGAUCUCGUCACGAUGUCGUUGGUUCGACCCUUCACUCUGAACUUCACAGAACCAAUGGUCUUUCUUCUCAACCUGUACAUUGCUCUUAUUUACGGAUUGCUUUACAUCUGGUUCGAGUCAUUCCCCAUCGUUUUUGGCGAGAUCUACGGCUUCAAUCUCGGUCUGGAAGGCUUGGCUUUCCUAGGCAUUCUGAUUGGAGCCCUGAUUGUCAUACCGCCUUUCUUCUGGUACUUGCAUAGAUAUCUCGAGCCCCAAUUCGAUGAGAAUGGGGAUUUGCAGCCAGAGAAACGCCUUCCGCCGGCUUUCGUGGGUGCCUUUGCAGUCCCCAUCUGCCUUUUCUGGUUUGGUUGGUCCUCUAGGCCCAGCAUUCAUUGGAUAAUGCCCAUCGUUGGUUCUGGAUGGUUCAGCAUCGGAUCUUUUCUACUGUUCAAUUCGGUCUUGAACUAUCUUCCAGAUGCCUACCCAGAAUACGCGGCAUCCGUCUUGGCUGGCAACGAUUUGUUUCGUAGCUCAUUCGGUGCCGGGUUCCCUUUGUUUGCUACUGCCAUGUAUAACAACUUGGGCGUUGGUUGGGCCAGUUCGCUUCUCGGAUUCCUUGCCAUUGUGUUCAUUCCUAUCCCUUUUGUUCUCUACAAGAUUGGGCCGAAGCUGCGGAAGAACCACAGCAAGCACGCAAGGAAAGACUUGUGA